ACCAGGCAAUUAAUAACAACAAUGCUAAUGCUGAAAGAGACUUGCUGACACUAAAAGCAGAGUAUAACAAACUUUCAGCCGAUAGAGCAGCUUCCGAUAUCAUCAGACUCAAUCAGACUGUAACAAACAGGCUGGUUUGUUACCCCAGAACCACACUUAGCACCUUCACCCUUCACUAAAGCACUUUAAAACACUGCACUUUCCUAGCACACAGCACUUUUAACAUAUUUGCACAUCACAAAAUAAAUUGCACACAAUUGGUUUUAAAAAAUAUUUAUUGGCUUUCCUUUAACCAUUUUUUAUUCCUGAGGCACAGCACUUUAAUUGGAAGUUGCUUGUCCCUGGAGGAAAAGGGAGACAAUAAUAAAUUACAUUUUAAAUUGACUUUGUGCAAUAAAUAUGGUGCAAUAUCUGUUUUAGAAUGUUUUAAGUGUUGAUGUGUUUAGUGUAUUUUAUUGUGUUUUAAUGAAUGGUGGAUCUGCUUUUACUUACCUCCCCUUUUUAUCUUCUGUCCAGGUGUGAAAAGAGUCCCCCGGAAACGAGCUCCCUCUUUUAUGGUUCCGGGCUGGACCACGUGUAACAUUUUGUACAGGGGUUUUAGGUUAGGUAUUUUAUUGGUUUAUGGGUUUUAACAUUUAAUUGGUGUAAUGGUUUUAGGGUUUUAUGUAUAUAGUUGGUGGUUUUAAUAGUUAUCUGGGUUUUGGGUUGUUUUAUGGAGGUUUAGGUUUUAAUUUUACGCUAAUGAUAAUUUUAACCAUCCCUGUUUUAGCAUAGUGGUUUUAUCCAAUCAGUAGGACCGGCAUAAAAGGCGCCUUCAAGAUCAGUCUGUGUUCUGCUGCUGGAGAGGAAACUGCUGCCUGCCUCCGUUUUGCACCCUGCACUUUUUGCACUUGCACUUUUGUAAUCAUUGAAAAAACAAAAGUAAACUGUGGACCACAAGUACCGGUCUGUGUCUGGAUUUGUUUUUUACCUUGCUCACUGAACCCCAAGCCGCUCACGGUCAACCUACGUUACAUUUGGUGUCAGGAGUGGUCCUAUGCCGCAGUGAGAAGGUACGAUGAAUACCAGACAAGGUGGAAGAAAAAUGCCUGAAGAGCCCGAUGAGGAACCUGGGACGACAAUGGCUGACCACCAGGGGGCAAAGGCAAGUGGUGUGGAAGAGAAAAUGGAGGAAUUGGCUGGGAUGAUGAAGUCACUAAUUGAUGCCCAGACCAUAAGAGACAAAACUGUCAACACGGAGCGGAUCCAACAGGAGCAGCGCUGGCAAACCAUGGAGAUUCAGGUCCAGCGACUCCAGCAGCAGCUAAUAAGGAUGCAGCCAGAGCGAUCUGCGCAUCCACAGUGGGUUUCAAGGCCCGUUCAAGUCACGCUAGAAAUGCCAACAGAGGAGGAGUACGAGGAUGAAGAAGAGGAGGGGCCGCGUUACCCUCACAGGCCAUACCGGGAGCCAAAGCUUCUUCCCCUGGCUCCUGACGAUGACAUUGAACAUUUCCUGACCACGUUUGAAAGGAUGGCUCAGGUUUGCCGAUGGCCAGAAGAAGAGUGGGCUGUUCGCCUGGUACCUCUGUUGACAGGCAAAGCCCGAAGUGCCUAUGUUGCUAUGGACAUGAAAGACACAGAGGACUAUGACAAGGUGAAGGAGGCCAUCUUGUCCAAAUAUGAAAUUACAUCAGAGACCUACCGCCGUCGCUUCAGAUCCCUGAAGAUCGAGCCCGGUGAGACACCACGGGAGCUGUAUGUCCGCCUGAAGGAGCUGUUCAUGAGAUGGAUUCAGCCUGGAAAAAUAACAAUCCAACAAGUGUGUGAAAAGCUGAUUCUGGAACAGUUCUUGCGGAUGGUCAGUCCCGAGCUGGAGAUCUGGAUUAGGGAGCACGACCCCGCCACCGCAGAGGAAGCUGCCCGUCUGGCUGAGGUCUUUACAUCUGCUCGGAAAGGGACCAGAACCAGCUACUUCGGCCGAGAACCUCACCAGCCCAUGCCAAGUAAGUCCUUUGGGGGUGAUGGGUGUGGUCCAACCCAGGGUAGAAGUAGCAACAGUAGGCCAGCUCCACCUAUCCACCAGUCUCGCACGGUGAGAAAGCCCGCUAGACCACCACAGGAAGUCAGGUGCUACAACUGUAACGAACUUGGUCAUACUCAGUACUUUUGCCCAGCUUUAAAAACCAAGCAGUCCCUACUUUGUUCUGUACCUAGGCCGGCAAGCGUACAGACAGGGCAGAGAAUAGGGCGCACAACCCCAGUGCUUGUAAAUGGCCACCGGGCGGAGGCAUUGUUAGACUCUGGAUGUUUUCAGACAGUUGUUAUGUCCUCCUUAGUUCCACCUGAGCGGCAGUCAGUUGAGCAAACUCCACUGGUGUGUAUUCAUGGAGAUGGGCACAGUUACCCUACAGCAGAAGUCUAUCUGACAGUUGGGGGGCAAACUUACCUGGUUACCGUCGCAUUAGCCAAAAACUUACCUUUUACAGUCGUCCUUGGUAAUGAUAUUCCCACUCUUCCUGAUCUGAUUAUCCAGGCAGAUAGUGGGUGCUCAGAGUCUGUUUUAGAACCCCCUGCACAGUGUACUCCGGAACCUGGCAAACCCUGUAAUGUCCUCACGAGGGCACAGAUAGCUAGGGGUGUUUUUGAGGAGCUGCCCUUUUGUGACGAGGAACUAGAAGCGCAUCCGGUCAAAGCCAAAAAGCCUAAGGCCCAAAAGAGAAGGGACAAGUUUGUUGGCUCUCAGAAAGGGAAAGAGGAGCUUCCUAAACCCCUUAGUCCUUUGGACGUCAGCAUCCCCUCAGACAUAGGGGCACUGCAGAGAGAGGACUCUACACUUAAACCCUGGUUUGACAAAGUCAAAGAGCAGGAGGGUGUCAAAACAGGCAAAGGUAGCUGCUUAGAUGAAGUCAGCUAUAUUGUGAAAAAUGGCAUUCUUUACCAGAUCAAGGACAAGAAUGAGGCACUAGUAUUACCUGAAAAGUUGAGAGUGCAGGUAAUGGAGCUGGGCCAUGCAGUCCCAUGGGCAGGCCACAUGGCUUUUCAAAAGACCCUCAGACGGAUUGGCAGCCGGUUUGCUUGGCCGGGAAUGUUUUCACAGGUCUCCAAAUUUUGUAGUUCCUGUCAAAUUUGCCAGCUUACUUCAAGCAAGGGAGUAGCUCGGGCCCAGCUUCAGCCUCUGCCAAUUAUUGGGACUCCAUUUGAGAGAAUGGGGAUGGACAUUGUAGGCCCCCUGGAGAAGAGCUCAGCAGGCAACCGUUACAUUUUGGUCAUUUCAGACUAUGCCACACGUUACCCUGAAGCCUUCCCACUCAGAUCUAUUAAGGCUAAACAGAUUGCUAACUGUCUCUUGCAGCUCUUCUCAAGGGUUGGGGUAGCAAAAGAAAUACUUACUGACUGUGGUACCAAUUUCCUUUCAAAGCUCCUCCAGCAGGUCUACCAGUUGCUAGGGGUGAAGGGAAUUAGGACCACACCGUAUCACCCCCAAACGGACGGUUUGGUGGAGAGAUACAAUAAGACUCUGAAAACGAUGCUGCGCAAGUUUGUCUCUUCUACAGGCAAGGACUGGGACCAGUGGCUUCCGUACCUGCUCUUUGCAUACCGUGAGGUCCCACAAGCAUCGACAGGCUUCUCACCUUUCGAGCUCUUGUAUGGACGCCAGGUGAGGGGACCCCUGGACCUGCUCAAGGACCACUGGGAGCGCCGGGAGCCAGAAGGAGACAAUGUAGUGGCCUACGUACUCAAAAUGAGGGAGAGGCUUGAGGCAAUGGCAGCACUGGCACAGGAAAACCUCAAAGCGGCACAAACCACACAGAAAACCUGGUAUGACCAGAAGGCCAAGGACCGGACCUUUACACCAGGCCAAAAGGUACUUUUGCUUUUACCAACUAGUGAAAACAAACUACUUGCUAAGUGGCAUGGACCAUAUGAAAUAACUAAAAAAGUUGGAGAUGUCACAUAUGAACUGUUUAUGCCUGAGAGACUUAAAAAGCACCAAGUUUUUCAUGUUAAUUUGCUGAAAGAGUUUAUUGUCCGCCAAGAACCUUCUCAGCAGCUUUUGGUGCGUGCCGUGAAGGAUAAGGAAGUGACGGAAAAGUUUUUCCCCAUCCCUGCUGCAGAGCCAGCUGCCAUUGACCUGUUUCACCUCUCUCCCUCUCAGCAGGACGAGUUAAGGCCGCUUCUUAACCCGGAUCUUUUCCAGGAGACCCCCGGUUUUACCUCACUGGUUCAACAUCAGAUCCGCCUCAAAAAGGAUGCUCCAAAGAGACAAAGGAGCUACCGAAUCCCAGAGCGGUUGGUGCCAGUGUUGAAAAAAGAAAUUGAACUUAUGUUAGAACUGGGAAUCAUUGAAAUGUCAGACAGUGAAUGGUGUAGCCCUGUUGUACUUGUGCCAAAAAAGGAUGGUUCUUUGCGUUUUUGUAUUGAUUUUAGGUACCUGAACGCAAUCUCCAACUUUGACCCCUACCCGAUGCCCCGCAUCGAUGAACUUCUGGAGCGUGUGGGGAGUGCAGCCUAUAUCACCACGCUGGAUCUAUCCCGGGGCUAUUGGCAGUUGGCACUAGCAUCAGAGGCGAGGGAGCUGACAGCCUUUAAAACUCCCUUUGGACUGUACCAGUUCAGGGUGAUGCCCUUUGGCUUGCAGGGGGCGCCAGCCACAUUUCAGAGGCUGAUGGACCAUCUACUCCGUGAUGUGUCUGAGUUUUCUGCAGCCUACCUGGAUGACGUGGUGGUUUACAGUCGGUCCUGGGAAGAGCAUCUCCACCACCUCCAGGAGGUCCUGCAGAGGAUUCAGACUGCUGGACUGACUGUGAACCCAAAAAAGUGUGCAGUGGCCCAUAGGGAAGUCGAGUACCUGGGGUACACUAUUGGCUAUGGCAAAAUUAAGCCUCAAGUUCAAAAAAUGGAGGCUAUCCAAUCCUUCCCUGUGCCCACAACAAAAAGGAAGGUCAGGGGGUUCCUCGGCCUGGUGGGAUGGUACAGGAAAUUCAUCCCUCAGUUUGCCGAGAGAUCCACUGUCCUGAGUGACUUAACAAAAAACUCUGCCCCAAACAAAGUUCGCUGGACGGAGGCGUGCAACAGAGCCUUCAUUGACCUGAAGGAGGCUAUUUGCACCCAACCAGUCCUGCAAAGCCCUGAUUUUGACCAGCCUUUCAUCCUGCAAACAGAUGCUUCUGGGGUGGGACUGGGAGCGGUCCUCCUCCAGGAGAAGGACGGAGAACGAAGGCCAGUGGUAUUUCUGAGUCGUCGGCUGCUGGACCGGGAGACUCGAUACUCGGCUGUAGAGAAGGAGUGUCUGGCGAUGAAGUGGGCCAUCGACUCUCUGCGAUACUACCUGCUUGGGAGACACUUCGUGCUGGAGACAGAUCACAGAGCACUGCAGUGGCUGGAUCGCAUGAGAGAGGCGAACACUCGGAUCGCAGGAUGGUACCUUGCGCUACAGCCCUACAACUUCACCGUCCACUACAAACCAGGGAAGACCAACAUCGUGGCUGAUUGCCUAUCAAGACUGGAAGAAGAGUAGCUUCGCUUUUCUGAGAGGAGGGGGGAAAUGUAACAAACAGGCUGGUUUGUUACCCCAGAACCACACUUAGCACCUUCACCCUUCACUAAAGCACUUUAAAACACUGCACUUUCCUAGCACACAGCACUUUUAACAUAUUUGCACAUCACAAAAUAAAUUGCACACAAUUGGUUUUAAAAAAUAUUUAUUGGCUUUCCUUUAACCAUUUUUUAUUCCUGAGGCACAGCACUUUAAUUGGAAGUUGCUUGUCCCUGGAGGAAAAGGGAGACAAUAAUAAAUUACAUUUUAAAUUGACUUUGUGCAAUAAAUAUGGUGCAAUAUCUGUUUUAGAAUGUUUUAAGUGUUGAUGUGUUUAGUGUAUUUUAUUGUGUUUUAAUGAAUGGUGGAUCUGCUUUUACUUACCUCCCCUUUUUAUCUUCUGUCCAGGUGUGAAAAGAGUCCCCCGGAAACGAGCUCCCUCUUUUAUGGUUCCGGGCUGGACCACGUGUAACAUUUUGUACAGGGGUUUUAGGUUAGGUAUUUUAUUGGUUUAUGGGUUUUAACAUUUAAUUGGUGUAAUGGUUUUAGGGUUUUAUGUAUAUAGAUGGUGGUUUUAAUAGUUAUCUGGGUUUUGGGUUGUUUUAUGGAGGUUUAGGUUUUAAUUUUACGCUAAUGAUAAUUUUAACCAUCCCUGUUUUAGCAUAGUGGUUUUAUCCAAUCAGUAGGACCAGCAUAAAAGGCGCCUUCAAGAUCAGUCUGUGUUCUGCUGCUGGAGAGGAAACUGCUGCCUGCCUCCGUUUUGCACCCUGCACUUUUUGCACUUGCACUUUUGUAAUCAUUGAAAAAACAAAAGUAAACUGUGGACCACAAGUACCGGUCUGUGUCUGGAUUUGUUUUUUACCUUGCUCACUGAACCCCAAGCCGCUCACGGUCAACCUACGUUACACAGACCUUUUAUGAACAGGGGGAGAAAACUGGAUCACUGUUGGCAUGGCAAAUUAAACAAUUAGAAACAAGAAAAGCAAUAACUUCGAUUAUAAAAAGUAAUGGUGUUACAAUAACCAAUCCUGCAGAAAUAAACAAAGAAUUCAGAGACUAUUAUGAAAAAUUAUAUGACUCUGGAAAAGACUGUGAUAAUCAAAAUACUUUUUUAGAUACACUGGA